UUCUGCUGUGUGCAGGCAACAGGCGCAGAAGACAAAGUCUGGGACUGAAACAAUAUGAACAAUCUGAUGUGAAACAGAUUUGACACAGACCUGGAGGAGACAUGAACAGAUUUUAUUCAAUGCAGAUGGAGGAGCCGCAGAACGGGAAAGUAAAAGAGUCCUUCAGGUUUGUGGCGGAGGUGAAGAAAGAUGUGUGGAGAGACAGCAGAGAGGAGCAAUCAGAGCCCACCUGUUCUCUAAGUGUCAGAAAGAUCUCCUACACAGUCAGUGAACGCGUGGGUCCGUGGUGGGACUUACCCUCCUACAGGAAACGAUGGACUCGGCAGAUCCUGAAUGAUGUCUCCUUUCAUGUUGAUAGUGGGCAGAUCAUGGGCAUACUAGGCAACUCAGGCUCAGGAAAAACCACAUUGCUGGAUGCCAUCUCAGGGAGGAUUGGGAACCAGGGCACGCUGCUGGGAGAAGUCUUCGUUAAUGGUAGAAAACUGAAGCAAGAGCAGUAUCAGGACUGCUUCUCCUAUGUGCUGCAGAGCGAUAACUUGCUGAGUUAUCUGACAGUUGAGGAGACUCUGACCUACACAGCUCAGCUGGCCCUGCGGAAACGCUCGGCUGAAGCUAUCAAGAAAAAGGUGACUUUAGAGCUGCGGGUGAUCCUAUUGGAUGAGCCGACCACUGGUCUGGACAGCAUGACGGCCAAUCAGAUUGUAGUGCUGUUGGCAGAGCUGGCCAGGAGAGACCGUAUCGUCAUAGUAACUAUCCACCAACCACGCUCUGAGCUCUUCAGGGUGUUCAACAGGAUAGCUAUAAUGAGUCGUGGGGAGCUAGUAUUUUGUGGACAAACAGAAGAGAUGGUGGAUUUCUUCAGCCAAUGUGGAUAUGAGUGUCCAGAGUACUGCAACCCCUUUGACAUCUAUGUUGACUUCACCUCAGUGGACACACGCAGCAGCGAGAGGGAGGCAGCCACAUUCACUCGCAUGCAUGAAAUCACGUCAGCCUAUCAGAGGUCUACCAUCUACCAGAGCAUGCUGGAAAAAAUGGAGCAGAGCUUGCAGAGAUCAGACAAGCCCGCCAUACCCUUUAAGAGCAAAGAGUCACCCAGCGGUGCUGCCAAACUUGGAGUUCUCCUCAGGCGCACAGUAAGAAACCUGUCCAGAGACAGGAUGGGUGUUCUGAUGCGUCUAUCCCAGAACCUGAUUUAUGGUCUGUUUGUGGCCUUCUUCGUCAUACAUUUAGACAUCGACGUCACUAAGGGUGCUGUGCAGGACCGCAUCGGCAUAAUCUAUCAGAGCAUCGGUGCUUCACCAUACACGGGCAUGCUGAACGCCGUCGCACUCUUCCCAGCAUUGCGAGCCAUCGGUGAUCAGGAGAGUCAGGAUGGACUCUACACUAAAUGGCAAAUGUUCUUGGCCUACAUCUUCCACAUCCUGCCCCUCAGCAUCCUGAGUGUCUUCAUCUUCACCUCCUUCCUUUACUGGACAGUAGGGAUGCAUCCGGAAGGUUUGCGCUUCCUGUGUUUCACUGCUGUAGUUCUGGUGCCCCAUGUUAUAGGUGAGUUGCUGACUGUGGUGCUACUAGGUGUGGUCCAAGACCCUAACAUGGUCAACACUGGAGUGGCUCUACUCAAUAUUGCAGGGAUAGUGGUGGGAUCUGGCUUUCUAAGGAGCACCCAGCAGAUGCCACAGGUCUUUCAGUGGCUCAGUUACCUGACUUUCCAGAAGUACAGCUGUGAGCUGCUCAUAGUCACAGAGUUUCAUGGUCUCCAGUUCACAUGCAAUAAUUCCACAUCUUUGCCGGGAGCUUGUGUGGUCACCCAUGGCAAUCAGAUCAUUGAGGAGGGUUAUCCUGGCGCAUUGUCCCGAUACACACUAUACUUUGUUCUCCUCUACGCUUUCCUGCCUGCUCUGCUGCUGCUGGGCAUAAUUAGCUUUAAGAUCAGGGACAAGGUUGUGCGUCAUUAAGCCCACAAACACGGCUUUGUGGGUAAAAUCUUCUUUUUAAGUUAAGCUUAUAAAGCAUUUAUGUUAUGAAAUUCACUAUUCAGAGAUGACCUACACCCACCACUGUAUUAGGUACACCGUACCCUUUUUGCUUUCUCGAUAAUGAAGGGAUGGACAUUUUCAGCAAUACUCAACAGACUGUUUAAAUGAUGGCCACCUGGUAGCAGCCCAAAGUGUGCUAGGAAAAUAAAUUACACCACCACCAACAAACUCAACCACUGAUAUAAGACAGGAUUCAUGUUUAGUUUUUGUUGCUGAUUAUGCCAAAUGUUGACCCUACCAUGCAAAUGUCAUAGCAGAAAUCCAGACUUUUGGUGAGUUUAUGUGAUUUGUACCCUCGGUUUCUCUUUUAUAAGCUGACUGGAGUGGCACAUGACGCCACUGAAGCCCAACUGCUUCAAGGUUUGACGUGUUAUGCAUUCAGAGAUGCACUUCUGCUUAUCAUAACGAGCGCUUUUUGAGUUACUGUUGCUUUCCUAUCAGUUUGAGGCAUUCUGACAAUCAAAAAGCCAUAUUUUCUUUUUCAGAACAUUCUCCUUAAACCCAAGAGAUGGUUGCACAGGAAAAUCCUAGUAGAUCAGCAGUUUUAGAAACGCUUCGACCUGCCUAUCUGGCACCAACAACUAUGUCAUGAUCAAAGUCACUUAAAUCCUCUUUCUUUCAAAUGCACGCUUUGAAUUUCAAUGUCUUACAUUGUUACCACGUGAUUAUCAGAUUAAACAUUUAAAGCACUUUAACAGGUGUACCUAAUAAAGUGGUAGUAUAAGCACUUAUAAGUUUAAAUGUUUACACUUGAUGCACACAAUGUAGUACAGCACGGUUUAUCUCUGUUCACUGGGAUGAAGCCAUGCACAUUAAAACACUUAAACAUCUGCAGAUGUUCUGUAAACUAUUCGAAACAUGUUACCUGAAAAACGAGCAUGUUUAUGGCAUGUACAGUUUUCUUGUGGUAACCUUAAUCCUAGAACCACUGAUGGCCGGGAAGAAAAAAAAACAUAAAUUUGUUUGCUUUGUUUGGAAGAACAAACAUUAUUAUUGGUAAGCUAAAACUAUAUUUUUCUUGAUUAAAAUCUCAGCAUUUAUUUAUGUAAUUAUAGAAAAGUACAACAGAAAAUAUAAUACAAAAGUAAACAAAUAGAAUAUAUAUACCCUAUGUACAUUAUAACAUGUUGUAUGUGUGUAAUAAAGCAGAAGAUAUCUCAUGUCUCCA